GAGGACGCGGCGCUCAUGGGGAUGCAAGGAUGUAGGGGCGCCAAGGGAGAGAAGAGGCCGCGCGAGGAGCGGUGGUGCGAGAGCCGCGGAGGCGCCGGCCCGCUCAGGGCUCCCGGCGAGGCGCGCGGCGGCGGCGGCGCCACCGGCCGGGUGUUGGCCAUUCAGGCCCGAAAGCGGAGGCCGAAAAGAGAGAAACAUCCGAAAAAGCCGGAGCCUCAACAGAAAGCUCCCUUAGUGCCACCGCCACCACCGCCGCCGCCACCACCGCCUCUGCCAGACCCUACACCCCCAGAGCCAGAGGAGGAGAUCCUGGGAUCUGAUGAUGAAGAGCAGGAGGAUCCCGCGGACUACUGCAAAGGUGGAUACCAUCCAGUGAAAAUUGGAGACCUGUUUAAUGGCCGGUAUCAUGUUAUCAGGAAGCUCGGAUGGGGACACUUCUCGACUGUCUGGCUGUGCUGGGAUAUGCAGGGGAAACGAUUUGUUGCAAUGAAAGUUGUAAAAAGUGCCCAACAUUAUACAGAGACAGCCUUGGAUGAAAUAAAAUUGCUCAAAUGUGUUCGAGAAAGUGAUCCCAAUGACCCAAAUAAAGACAUGGUUGUUCAGCUAAUUGAUGACUUCAAGAUUUCAGGCAUGAAUGGAAUUCAUGUCUGCAUGGUCUUUGAGGUGCUUGGCCACCAUCUCCUCAAGUGGAUCAUUAAGUCCAACUACCAGGGACUCCCAGUGCGUUGUGUGAAGAGUAUCAUCAGACAGGUCCUUCAGGGGUUAGAUUAUCUACACAGUAAGUGCAAGAUUAUUCACACUGACAUAAAGCCCGAAAACAUCUUGAUGUGUGUAGAUGACGCAUAUGUGCGAAGAAUGGCGGCUGAGGCCACUGAGUGGCAGAAAGCAGGGGCCCCUCCUCCUUCGGGGUCCGCAGUGAGUACUGCUCCACAACAAAAACCUAUAGGAAAAAUAUCAAAAAACAAAAAGAAAAAACUGAAAAAGAAGCAGAAAAGGCAAGCUGAAUUAUUGGAAAAGCGCCUACAGGAGAUUGAGGAAUUGGAGCGAGAAGCCGAAAGAAAAACAGUAGAAGAAAACGUCACGCCUGAUGUACCCUCCAAUGAGCAGGAUGGUGAAUACUGCCCAGAGGUGAAACUAAAAACAGCAGAGUUAGAGGAGGCGGCCAAGGCAGAGACGGCUAAUGACAACAAUGGUGAAACUGAGGAUCAAGAAGAGAAGGAAGACACUGAAAAAGAAAACACCGAGAAAGAUGAAGACGAUGUUGAGCAGGAACUUGGAAACAUAGACCCUACGUGGAUAGAAUCCCCCAAAACCAAUGGCCAUAUUGAGAAUGGCCCUUUCUUACUGGAACAGCAGUUGGAUGACGAAGAUGAAGAAGAGGAAGAUGGCCCCAAUCCUGAGGAGUACAACCGGGAUGAGCCUGAUGCAGAGAGCGAUUAUGCAUACAGCAGCUCCUAUGAACAAUUCAAUGGGGAAUUGCCAAAUGGACAACAUAAAAUGCCCGAGUCACAGUUUCCAGAAUUUUCUCCAUCAAUGUUCUCUGGGCCCUUAGAACCUGUGGCGUGUGGCUCUGCUCUUUCCGUGGAAUCCCCUCUCACUGAGCAAGAGGAAGGCAGUCCAUCCCAUGACCGAAGCAGGACCGUCUCAGCCUCCAGCACCGGGGAGUUGCCAAAAACGAAAACCCGGGCCGCCGACUUGUUGGUGAAUCCCCUGGAUCCACGGAAUGCAGAUAAAAUCAGAGUGAAAAUCGCCGACCUGGGAAAUGCCUGCUGGGUGCACAAACACUUCACGGAAGACAUCCAGACGCGUCAGUAUAGAUCCAUAGAGGUUUUAAUAGGCGCAGGGUACAGUACGCCUGCGGACAUUUGGAGCACGGCGUGUAUGGCAUUUGAGCUGGCCACGGGCGACUAUCUGUUUGAGCCGCAUUCUGGGGAAGACUAUUCCAGAGAUGAAGACCACAUAGCCCACAUCAUAGAGCUGCUAGGCAGUAUUCCAAGGCACUUUGCUCUAUCUGGAAAAUACUCUCGGGAAUUCUUCAAUCGCAGAGAUCACAUAGCAUUGAUCAUUGAACUGCUGGGGAAAGUCCCUCGAAAAUACGCUAUGUUGGGGAAAUAUUCCAAGGAGUUUUUCACCAGAAAAGGAGAACUGCGGCACAUCACCAAGCUGAAGCCCUGGAGCCUCUUCGAUGUACUUGUGGAAAAGUAUGGUUGGCCCCCUGAAGAUGCAGCACAGUUUACAGAUUUCCUCAUCCCGAUGUUAGAAAUGGUUCCAGAAAAACGAGCCUCAGCUGGCGAAUGCCUUCGGCAUCCUUGGUUGAAUUCUUAGCAGAUUUUACAAAUAUAGCAUUCUGAGCUAGCAAAUGUUUUCCAGUACAUUGGACCUAAACGGUGACUCUCAUUCAUUAACAGGAUUACAAGUGAGCUGGCUUCAUCCUCAGACCUUUAUUUUGCUUUGAGGUACUGUUGUUUGACAUUUUGCUUUUGUGCACUGUGAUCCUGGGGAAGGGUAGUCUUUUGUCUUCAGCAUAGUAGUUUACUGACCCACUUUCUUCUGGAAACAAUAACAUGUGUCUAAGCUUUGUUUCUUGUGUUGUGUGACAUUCAAGUGUCAAUUUUUUGGAACAAAAAAUACUUUCCCUCCUUGUGUUUUGGCAGGUUUUGUAACUAUUUAUGAAGAGAUAUUUUAGCUGAGUACUAUAUAAUUUACAAUCUUAAGACAUUAUCAAGUUGGAAUUAAGAACUAUAGCAAGGAAAUGUAUAAUUUUAAUCUUCUGGCAAAGGGACAUCAUUCCUGUAUUAUAGUGUAUGUAAAUGCACCCUGUAAAUGUUAAUUUCCAUUAAAUAAGGAUGGGGACUCAAAUUUCUGAAGAGCUACUAAGUCUUGAGUGCUUUGUAGCCUAUGUUGCAUGUAACAGAAUUUAACUGCCCAAGGAGUUUUGAGAACUUUCAUUCCAUAGCAUAAUCCUUUGCAUUGGGGUUUUAAACAAAGUGGCUCUGGGCUAAAGAGUAUCAUUCCAUAUGUGGCACUUUACAGGAAGAAAAGACAUACUUCUCUUGCUAAAAUAAGUAUUUGUAAGGAUUAGGAUUUAGUUUUCUCAUACUUUUUUCCCCUUCUCCUAAGUUACUUUUUAAGAAGAGCAGUUUCCUCUUACCAGUGUGUUCUCUCGAUACCAUGUGCUGUUGCCUCCUCCGGGCACCUGUAAGUUAAACUCAACAUAGAUUAAAUUGGACAAGGAAACAUGUUCAGUGUGUGAAUGAAAAAUACAUACCUAUGCUGUCGGGUGAAAGGCUUGCGUAUGUUUGUCUAAAACCAAGGUGUGGCAUAUACAAUUUACAGUACAAUAGGCAGAAUUCUAACACUGGGAGGUCAAAGUGAUCACAUUCAUUCCAUAGGCAGUUUUAUAUGUGACUAUGGCACGUUUUACUACCUUUUUUAUUUUCUUCCUGUGAACUGAAGUUGAAAAACUGAUUUUCCCUUUGCAGGUCGCAGUUUUGUUUAUGCAUUUCCUCUGAAUUGCAGAAUCCAGGUCACAAACCAUAGUAGGCAAUACAAUUUUAGAAUGUAACAUACUGAGGUAAAUUUAGCCUCUUUUAGAAGUCAUUGGAUUGAAUGUGUUUUUUUUUAAUUCAUUAAGGUGCCUCUUUUUCUUGACUUUGUCCAUUAAUAUUUAUCCAUAUAUGCCUUUGCAAUAACUAGAUUGUGAAAAGAUAACAAGUGUUGUAACAAUAAUCCAUUGUUUGAGGUGCUUGCAGUUGUCUUAAAAAAAUUAAAGUAUUGGGUUUUUUUUUUCCAGA